AGAGCUGAGAGCUUCUGCUGCGUGAGAGGUGCAUGAAGUGCGCACAGAGAAACCCAAAUGGGUCACUCAUUUGCGUCGUUUGUUCCCACCGACUGACCGCAUUCUCUAAACUAAAAGUCGUAGAGAUGACAGCCGUGAUCUUUUCCCUUCGAAGUUGCUGAGAUCCGCAUCCUUCUGCAUCCGAUCCCCAUCUGGAAAUAUACAAAGAAACAGGAUGAAAGCAGUUUUAUUCUUUCUGAUGCUCGGAUUGGACUGGGCUCUGGCCAGUGAAGAUAAAUGUCCUUCAGGUCAGAAUACAACAUUUGGAGAAUGCUGCAAGCAGUGUCCACCCGGUGAGGGCGUCGUCACACCGUGUCGAGACUCACAGACUGUCUGCGCUCCGUGCCUUGACAGUGAAACCUUCUCAGAAAACUUCAGCCACACAGAAAAAUGUCAGCCCUGCACACAGUGCACAGCCCUACACCGUAUGGAGACACCCUGCACUGAUGCCAACGAUGCAGUCUGCAUCUGCAACUAUGGCUACUACCUUAAUGACAUGUCUCAGAGGUGUGAACCAUGCACUAAAUGUACUGAAGGCUACGGCAUGUUGCUCAGCUGUGAGGGGGACCAUGAUACAGUGUGUGAAGAGUGCACAGAUGACACUUACUCAGACCAGGAGAGUUCUCGGGAGCCCUGCAUCCCAUGCACCACCUGUGAUGAAGAGGAAGCGUUGGCUACCUGCACAUCUAUCAGUGAUACAGUCUGUCCAACCCCCUCAUCAUUGCCUCCACUUGAUGAUUUUUCACCGACCCCCGAUGAUGUCUCCCCCCCACCAAAGGGCCCCACAGAGAGCACAACCUCCACCACUAAUGGGGACACCCAGGAGCGACUCUACCAGGGCCUGAACGAUAAACUCAUCCCGAUCUACUGCUCCAUCCUGGCAGCUGUUGUUGUCGGUCUGGUGGCCUUCAUAAUCUUCAAGAAGUGGAACAGCUGUAAACAGAACAAACAAGGAGCCAACAACUGCACGGCCAACCAGAACCAGACUCUGUCACAUGAGGGUGAGAAGUUGCACAGCGACAGCGGCAUUUCUGUGGACAGCCAAAGUCUGCAGGAGCAGCAGGGCCAGACUCAGUCACAAACAGUUGUGACCAUCGAUGAAGAGCCAUGUUUGCUCCUUCCUCUCCACACCAGAGAGAAAGUAGAGAAGCUGCUUUUCAGGGGAAAUGAAGUAGACAACUCCAGCCACUUGCAGGACAGCGACUGGUGCAACCUUGCAGGCCUCCUUGGGUACGAGGAGGAGCGUAUUGCAACCUUCCAGCAGGAGGACAAUCCUGUCCGAGCUCUCCUGUCUGACUGGGCGAGCAAGGACUGUGCCAGCAUUGAUGCACUGUGCACGGCGCUACGUAAGAUCAACCGUGAUGACGUGGCCCAGAGCUUGGUACUGAGCCCGGGUGCUACAAAGCCUACUGCUACAUCUGUGGUCUGACUUUAAGGCUGUACUGUGAGCAAAAAUGUAACACCUGAACCUUAAUAUUAUAAUAUUACUACUUGGCUAAUGUUAUUCCAUGUAAUUUAUGCUGCAACUGCUUAAUGAAGCCACUAGUCAGAAUGCUGGCCCUUUAAAUGGCUGAAAUACUCAAGACGAAAAUGUAAAAAAUAACAGUCCAUUGUAAAGUAAAGGGAUAUAAGCCAUAACUUUUAGAUAACUGCUACAAUGGGCUUGUAGAUUUAAUGUGUUUAAAUCCACACAGCUUAUAAAACAAGUGGAAAGCUAUUAACUUAACCCUAGAAUGAUUCCAUUUUCUGCUUUUCCACUUUGUGACAUGUAGCUCUGAAUAAACUAACCAAAUGGAGCAGCGGUGUGCUGUAAACUGAAGAUGCUGUGAAGAUCUUUCUCUCUAAUUCACUCAUGUCAUUACUGUCUCCAUUACGAAACCUGUGGAGUCUCUGUGGCCUUUGCAGUUUUGUCCCUCGAAAUCUGUUACUAAAGAAGUGGAAGUGUUCUUGGACCGUACCUGUCAAGUGAAAUUAUUUAGAUGCCACGUCGUACUUUUUCAAUUUAGCUUGACAAAUGGUUUGUGUCCAUUACCACUCCCAGAUGAGGCCUUCCCACGUUGGAGUCUGUAGAUCUGUGCAAAUGUGACACCUUGAGGACGUGCUCGUGGACUCCUUUCAAACGAACCUCUUCCUUCACACAAAAUCAGGCAAUGAUCAUCCUUUUGUUUUAAAUAUUUGUUAGAUGAAGACGUGUUAGGUGUGUUUUGCUGACACUUUUCUUUUUCAAGCAAGUGCUGGAAGAAUGUUAGUGGUGUGUGGGUCUGUAGGUCACUGACCAAGGCAACAUGACUCCAGCAUAGCUGCAGAACACACAGACUCCUUCAUACCUAGUAGAGGGUAGGGACUCUGUAACAUAAACUAUAUGUAGAUGGCGAACAGUUACACACACAGCGUAGGCAUAGAUAUGUAAAGACCUAGAUUCUGUAGCCAUGCAUGUAUGUGAUGUACCUAAACCAGGACAGAGCUCAUGUGUUCAUUCUUAGUCACCGAUGAGGGAACAGAAUACUUUAGAUCCUGCCGUAUAAAUGAUAUAGGGCACUCUCGUGAUGGACCAUACAAUGUUUGUCGUUAUUUGUAAUGAUGUUAUGUACAACGGUUACCUUUGAUGUCUAAAAACAUGUUUCUUUUGCUUUCACACACACACACACACACUCACACACACACACACACGCACGCACGCACACACACACACACACACACACACACACACACACACACACACACACAUUUAGGACCCAGAGCUACAAAAACAUUCAUAUUUGUGUUUUGCUCAACUUCUCAGGAAUUUUAGAUGCUUUGUUCAUUCCUGUGGAUGACAAUCCUUCUUGCUUGGGAUGCACUGAUACCACAUUACAAGUACUUGCCACACAGAGUAUAAGUACUAAUGAAAGUCCUUUUGCUUUCCACUUUGAAAUGCUUCCUCAAGGCUGACCAUCAAGGCUGCUGCUACGAUCCCAUGUCUGAUCCAGACCUCUAGAAAGUGGAACUAAGGCUAAACUAUUUCCUUUAAGUGUUUAAUAAUGUCCUGAGCUAAUAACUUCCCUGAGUACAGGAAGACAUCAUAUAUAAAAACUCAGUGUAAAGCUGAAUUAGAGACAACAGUACCAAAGCACCCUCUAGUGGAUGGCUGCAGUGGAAGUUUUAAGUUCCAUUUCUCCAUUUAAAUGAAUGAGAUUUUUUUUAUUUUUACCAAAUAUUCUAAAUAGUUUUUCUAGGUAUAGACUGGUGAUGAUAAAAAAAACACAUCUUCGCCUUAUUGCCAUGUGUUCAAAUAUACAUUUCCCUUCUACGUGCAUUUAGUUAUUUGAUAUUUAAAAAACCCAUAAAUGAGAUAAUUUGACUGUUUUGUUUGAACAGCCAAUGUAGAUUAAAAAUUAUUUGUCUACGUUUUAUUCAAGUUGUAGGUGCAGGUUUGGCCAUUUAUUAUGUAACUCCAGAAAAUUUAGAAUACUCGAGUAAAAAAUCUCAUAAUAAUGAUGCAUUUAGGAUUUUAAUUGAUGGUUAAAACCAUUGACCAUAUAUUUAAUGGACAAACCCACCAUGUUUCUGAAAAGCUGAAUUAAAGCCCAGUAGGUGGUUCUCUCUAUUGCCAUCUUGGCUGUGUCUUGUCACUCAUUAAAAAUACAAAAAUAGAGCUAAGAGUGGGGCUGUGAGGGUGGGUGAAGAUGAUGGACACCCAUUAAACUCGAUUUAGCUAUGAGUUAACCAAAGCUAACAGAGGUUAAUGGGCCCUAUUAGCCAGAAAAACCGUGAUUGAGUACCUCUGCUACUCUCUUCCUUCUAGUCUGUAACACUUUCAUGUGAGGCGGAGGCCUUCCCUGGAGCAUGCAGAGGGCAAGCCGCUAGUGCUGAUGGCUAAUCUACUUCCUGUCAGUCAAGUAUUCAUGAUUUCAAUUAGGAAUGGGCGAUGUGGCCUAUGUCUAUAUCAUGAUAUUUGUUGAAGCAUAUGCGGUAAAAAAAAUUGCAAUAUAUCCUUUUCCUCUGUUUAUACGUGUCAAAAUGACACCGGAACAAAUACUUCUACUAAAUACCAUAGAACAUUUAAACAUAUUAAAAAAAUGCUAAACAUCUUAAACAAUUUUAUUUUAUGAUUCUUUCUAUGCAACACAAACUUUCUCAUUAAAUGAAUAAAAAAUAAGAGAUUUUAAAUCAAAUACAAAAUAAAUUUGAUGAAAAGACAAAAUUCUGAAUAGUUUGAACUGAAAUGAUAAAUUUAAAACAGAAAUAGCACUUCUUCGUGCUUUCUGAUUCGGGUUUCAUCGUUGACUUUUGCUCAUAUAAGUUAAGUUGCUUCAGCAGUGAAUCACAGUGGAAAAAAAUGAUGCUUUGCUGCGUUUUUGUUGAGAACAGUGAGGUAAGAUCAGAGAGGUUUCCAAUUUCUUUGCCUUUUAUUAAGCAAUGCCCAGACCAGCACGGAGAGAGAUGUGCAGCUUUAGACUUGUGCUUUGUUAAUAAAUGGGAAAAACAGCUGAAACUGCAAAACUUGUUCUAACUAAAUCACAGGAGAUGACUGUGUGUUAAUCGUGUGAAAUGAACUGCAUUUAAGGUAAUUAGUGUUAACAAGCUAAUAACGCAGAUCCGACCAGAAUAUGUUACUGAGGAAGAUUUUCUGCUCAACAUCAGAUUUCUUAAACCCAAAGCAGGUCUGGAUAAACAACGUUGCCCCAUCUUCUUCACAAGCACUUCUCAAUCCACACGCACCGCAUUGUAGCUGCUUUCAUCCAACACAGAAGCAGCUUGAAAACAUCCAUGCACAACUUGGAUGUUACGUUCCUCAAGGGCAACCUGCUGGCUUGAUUAUCAGCUGUAAGUUGCUUUGGACAAAAGCUAAAUACAAAAACAGAAACUUGCUUCUUUCUGGAGCCAGCCCGUAGUGGAUGAGGGGGAAACUGCAGGUUUUGUUGCUCUUGCUUAGCUUCACUUUUCUCAGGUGGAGUUUGUUCUUUUUUAAAACCUAAAGAAAAUGAACAAAUUUGAAUCCAGGAUGUUUUGCAUACUGUGGGCUGCUAGCUCUUCAUCUGAACACCAUAACUUGCUUCCUCUAACCACCUGGAUGCUCAGCUGAGAGGCGAACAGCAUGUAAAGUGGUAUCGAUAUCUUCGUAUCUUUUUUAUGUAUAUUUCUAUUGUACAGCACUUUGGUACAUGUUGUUUUUUUAUUAGUGCUUUAUAAAUAAAUUAGAUUUGGUAUUGGAAUGCUUUUACGAAUAUGAAUGCACCAAAAAACGGUGUCAGAAAAAUACCCAAUCCUGGUAUCGGUGCAUCCCUACUUCGUACAGAAGAACUGAAUAAAGAACAGGCAGGGGGAGAGAUGUUUGGUAAAUGUUGUGUAAAACAUCAGUGGAAUUUCAACAUUCUAUCUUUCUUAAUUUUUUGUUCUUUACAAAAGAAUUUGGACCUACUUUGUGUCCGUAGCACGGACAAUAUUUGAAGGAUGAAACAUUUGGGCUAACUGAGUUAAACCCAGACAAGAAGCACAGACUGUCACUAACCCUAGUGCUUUAGUGUUACUAUACAUGAAGGUAUUCUUACUACUCUCUGAUCACUGUUGUAUUAUAACUUCUAAACAACAUAUUUCAAUGGUAUUACAUUUCUUUCUGUACUUACAUGUGUAACCAGUUCAUUUUAAAAACUUUUUCGCAUCACAAGUGCCUGGGAAUGAUUUCAGGUGUAUUCUAAUGUUGUGCAUUUGUUUUGUGUAUUUUUAGUGUAUUUGUGAGUAUGUCUUCUUUAAAAACAUUAAUUUACAUGUAAAUAAUUAGUCCUUUUACAUAUUUUAUUUUCGUUAAAGCCUAAGGAACCACUGUAUAGUAAAUAUGUAAACAGGGCUCUGUAACUCUAUCACUGCUAUCCUACUUUAAUGUAAAAAAAAAUUGCUGGGAAGAGAAUUUUGUGCCACACUGAGGAAAUUCACAAAAUACCCUCUAUCUGGUUUAGCUGAGUGCCAUUAAGAAGACCAACCUGAAAGUAGUUUUGAGAAAUGUAUGAAGCAGAAAGUGUUUAGUUUUACUUGUGAAUAGAAAUGACCUGUCAGGCUUUAACCAUUAGCAGACAUAUAAUCUUUACUGGGAAUCACUGUGAUCUGAGUAUUUUUUUUUACUAUAAAAAUAUUAAAACAAGACAAACAUUUUGGACCUACGUACAGUGGCGUUCAAGAGUCGAAACAAGCACCAUCUCUGCACUAGCUGUUAGUAACAUUCAUGAAAGUUUCCAAAAACAAAAAUGAGAUGUCAAUUUCAGAACAUUACCAAUUACAAUGUUAUUAAUGUAAGAAGAUGGGUCCCUUUUCCCAUAAUGUGUAACAGCCCCUCUGGUUUUUCUUCCAAGCUAAAGCAUCUUGUUGUGUACUUGGCUGUCCAAAUAUCUGAAAACAUCCACAGUUGAACUAAUUUAGCAGCAGUAUUUAUUUUUGUGAUUGCUAUCAUUAGCUGUAGCAUCUGACCAUGUUCAAAAACACUGUUGCUGUUUAGGUCAUUAUAGGUUAAAGUAGCUUCCCUGUUUCCUGAUUGACUUCAGUUUUUCACCAGCAUCGUUUACGACUUUAAAUAAUUCAUCACUUCGACCCGAGAGACUCAGAACGUGAGACUUUUCUCAUCUCAUUUUUAGUUUUAAAUACAGAAAAAUAGUUUUGUUUCAAAGUUUAAACUUUCAAUCCCAUUUUAUUUUGCUUUUCUGAUGCUACAACUAAACUUUUGCUAUGGGCAGAUUAUUUGAGUCUGUGUACAGACAAAAAUAACACUUUGAACAAAUAACCCAGUUGAAGGUGAAAAGUUGUAAUGUACUUCAGCGACCAUGUUCUGAGUUUUCUUGUAAAAUGGGAUUAAAGCAACGGAAGGGGACAAGGAGGUGAAUCUAUAGUAAACUCCCUAUAUCUAAGUUAGUGGUCACAGGACUGAUGCACUGGGAUGUACUUGUAGAGAUUUAAACAACACUGAAUGUUCAUGUAGACUAACAUAUAUACUGUUCUAUACUUAAUGUGAACUUCCUACAGCAGUAAAUAAAGCUCUUCAGUUGA